AUGUUUGUCCUCAGAAACGUUGGCAAACUCAUCUUCGGAUCUACAAGCCAAGAAUCGUUGAUCGAACUGCCGCAAGGCCAGCUGUACCUCGUCCGACCUCUGUCACCCAAGGGCUACUCGGAACUCAUCUUUAAAGACGCAACGGCACAAAUUCGACGUACCGGCCAAGACUUCCAAUACCAACUAGUGAUCCAGAGAGUCUACGAGGAAGGCGAGGCUGAACUGUUGCUGAAGAAGAAGGGGAGGACGCCGAGAUUGACGCGCUGUCUGCUGAACGAGACGAGAAGACAUUUCUGCUCGACGAAGCCCUCCACUUCCGCGUCGAGAUUCGUGAAGGGUCCGAGAAGUUUACCCCCGACCGCGCCGCGUACUCGUGGCUCCUUCGCUUCAAGGAUCAACCUACCCCUGGAACGUUUCCAGGAAGGUUUGCUUCGCUGUCUCUGGGAGCAACUGAAUGAGACCAAAUGGGAGAAAAUUAAGGAGCGUGAGCAAGAAUAUGUCACCGACGCAUUCAACGACCUUCAGAUGGAAGACACACCUGAAGAGGAGGAAGAGGAAGAAGAGGAGGCGGAAGAGCCUGAGUAUGAGGAUGCCGACCCUGGACAGCAAAGCGAACACUACGACAGCGAUGAAGAGGAUGAGGACGUUGUCACCAAAGACGAGGACGGCAACGUCAACUCGCAGCUCGCUGUUGGCUAUAAGCACGAUCGUUCAUUCGUUGUGCGUGGUUCGAAGAUUGGCGUGUUCAAGCACACAAACAACGACAAGCUCGAGUUCUCGACCAACAUCUCCAAAGUUGAGACGCCCAACGGUGUUCUGUUCAGCCCCAAGAAAGUCAUGUUGCACAACGAGGAUCGCAACAUGAUUCUCCAACAUCAAACAGACCCCAAUAAGCUGUACCGCAUGGACCUCGAGUACGGCAAGGUUGUGGACGAAUGGAACGUCCACGAAGAUAUUCCUGUUGUCACGUUCGCGCCCGAGAACAAGUACGCCCAGAUGACGCACGAACCCACUUUCCUCGGUGUCUCGCACAAUGCACUCUAUCGCAUCGACCCUCGUCUAUCGGGUGACAAGCUUGUGGAAUCGCAGUUGAAGCAGUAUGCCUCUAAGAACCAGUUUUCCGCCAUGGCGACGACCGAGAAGGGACACAUUGCCGUGGCCUCCAACAAAGGCGACGUCCGUCUCUUUGAUCGUCUCGGAAUCAAUGCCAAAACGCAUAUUCCGGCUCUUGGAGAGGCUAUCAUUGGUCUCGACGUCUCCGCGGACGGCCGCUGGGUGCUCGCCACAUGUAAUACGUACAUUCUGCUCAUCGACGCCAUGCAAAAAACGGGCAAGAACGAGGGCAAACUCGGCUUCGAGAAGCCCUUCGCCGCCGCCGAUAAGCCGCAGCCGCGUCGUCUCGCGCUCACGCCCGAGCACGUUGCGCAAUUCUCGCACGAAACGGGCAAGCCGGUGCGCUUCACGCCCGCGCGCUUCAAUGCCGGCGAGGGGGUUGAGGAGACGAGUAUCAUUACGGCCACGGGCCCGUACAUCAUUGAAUGGAAUCUUAAGAAGGUGCUCCGCGGCGCCAAGGCGCCGUACCUCAUCAAACGGUAUACCGAAGACGUCAAGGCCGACGACUUCCAAUUCGGCACCGACAAGAACGUCAUUGUCGCGCUGCCGAACGAGGUCAACAUGAUUGGCAAGGGCGGGCUCAAGCGGCCCACACGCGAAAGCAUCGCUGGCGACUUUACACGGCUCAGUGUGCCGGGCGGCCGGAAGAGUUCGGGUCGCAUCGGCACGCCGAGGAGCGGGCGUUACAAGCUUGGUCGGGAUGAGGUUGUCAACUCCCCGUACUAA